CGCAGGGCACCGCCAACAUCCAUGAACAAACUUCACUGGGAUACUACUGGGAAGAGCAGAGGAUAUCUGUCCUGAGGAAUCCUUGUAAUUGUGCCGUUACAAGGUGUGAGUCCUCAUCCAUGUCCCUCUCAGCGAACCGAAGGCCAUCUGCUGGUUCCCGCAGGUGGCCAGCUGCCCCAAGCAGCACUCGACACUCGCAUGGAGACUCGUCUGUCCGUAGCAGUUACACAACAGCGUCCUGCAAGUGCACAGAGAGCAAUACUGUACCACGCUCCAACCCAGCCACACCACGACGGCAGGCAAAGUAUGCAACCUGUAGUGAGAAUCAUGGGAUCCGUCCGCCUGCUCCUGAGCAGUAUCUCACCCCACUGCAGCAGAAGGAAGUGUGUAUUCGCCACUUACAAGCUCGGCUGAAAGAAAACGUGGAGAGGCUUCAGGACCGAGACUCUGAGAUCGAGGAGUUACGGGUGCAGCUGACUCGGAUGCAGGACGAUUGGAUCGAGGAGGAAUGUCAUCGCAUAGAGGCCCAGCUGGCCCUAAAAGAGGCCCGGAAGGAGAUCCGGCAGCUUCAGCAGGCUGUGGAAACCGUUAGGUCCAAUCUGGGGCCCCAUGAGGUAGAUCAACAGGACUGUAAAUCUGAAGGUCUAGGCGUCGGUAAGAUAGGCCCACGAUUUGGGGCAUCCAGAUCUUGUGGCUGCUCUCCGGCCCACACCAUGAGCCGCAGUGCCACCUUCACCAGGCUGAGCAGUGACACGUCACCUGGUGCUAAAGAUCGCAAUGGAAACGUACGUUCUGAUCGCUACAUUCCCGCCAACAGAGGGGCGAUGACAUUACCAAGAGGGGACGGACGUACUCAUCUACUUUUAGAAGCAGCUCUACUGUCUGAGCAAGUUCCUCACGCAACGCUAUGCUCCACUUUGUCACGAUCCUCCACCGGCGAGAGAUUGUGCAGCGGAGAGACGGUGUUGCCCGUUAGCCGAUCCUGCCAUGCUGUUAACAACAACUGCAGCUGUGCUCCACAUGCCUACCUCCCACACCACCAUUUGUUUUUGCACCUCCCACAGGAGGAAGUUUUCGCCAUCCUCUGCAACUACUUCCCCUGCUCAAAUGUCAUACGUCACAGAAACUUUGCCGCUAGACAACACAGUUGA